AUGGUAUCACGUUCCUCAGUCCACACUUGUGCAGGAAGCUGCAGCCAGAUCCGCACUGGAACCCUGUUUUGCAACCAAUAUGACAAUGAGGUCACUGUUUGGAGCCCUCAGGGAAGGAUUCAUCCAAUUGAGUAGGCAGUGGAAGUUGUCAAACAAGAUUCAGCCACAGCUGGUUUGAAAUCAAAACCCCAUGCCGUGUUGGUUGCAUUGAAGAGAGCACAGUCAGAGCUUGUAACUCAUCAGAAAGAAAUUCUCCAUGUGGACAAGCAUAUCGGUAUGUCAGUUACAGGACUUACUGCCGAUGCUAGACUGUUCUGUAAUGUUAUGUUCCAGGAGCAUUUGGAUUCCAGAUUUGUAUUUGACACACCUCUUCCUGGGUCUCAUCUUGUAUCUCUAAUUGGAGGCAAGACCCAGACACCAACACAACAAUAUGGCCAGAGACCAUAUGGUGUUGGACUGCUUAUUGCUGGUUAUGAUGAUAUGGGCCCUCACAUUUUCCAUACCUGUCCAUCUGCUGACUAUUUUGACUGUAGAGUCCUGUCCAUUGGAGCCCGUUCUCUCUCAGCUUGUACUUACCUGGAGAGACACAUCUCUGGGUUUAUGGAAUGCAAUUUGAAUGAACUGGUUAAACGUGUUCUGCAUGUCUUACAAGGGACACUUCCUGCAGAACAGGACCUAACUACAAAGAAUGUUUCCAUUGGAAUUGUUGGUAAAAACUUGGGAGUUUAUGAUGAUGAUGAUGACGUAUCUGAUGAUGAUGAUGUAUCUCCAUUCCUGGAAGGUCUUGAAGAAAGACCACAGAGAAGGGCACAGCCUGCUCAACCUGCUGAUGAACCUGCAGAAAGGGCUGAUGAACUGAAGCAACAUUAAGUCAUAAACCAGUCUAUAUGCUUAUUAUCAAGCCUGUAAGAAUGCAGGAACACUACUGGUGAUUAUAAUCUAUACUGUGAACCAAAAGAUGCGGGGUCGUCCUAUGGUAUGUUUCGGGAAUCAGUCCAUGUGUGUUUUUUCCCAAGCAACUUGUCUGAAAUCAUAUAAUGGUGUGUGCAUUUUUCUUUGACAGGCUCUAUACCAUCAUUUUCUAGAAAGUAUAGUUAUCUGUACUAAUGUUUUUAUAUGAAGAACAUAGUGUCUUUGUGGUUUUAAAGACAACUGUGAGGGGGCACCUGGGUGGCUCAG